AAGGGCGGGCGCGGGUUGCUUCCUCCCUCUCUCGGUAAUGGCGGCGGGGCGGGUGGGCGCUGCUGGGCCCGGCGGGACCAUCCUUCGACAUCCGCCGCCAUCCGCCCUCCCCGGGGCUCUCCCGCCGCCCGGCCCCGCCGCCCCGGCUCCCCGUGGGCACCUCGCCCCGCGGCGGAGCUUCGGGGCGCUCCGAUGGCCGGGAAGGGCAGCGCGACCUUGAUCCGCCCCGGGCGGGGCCCGGCACCGGCAGAGGCACCGAUGGAGCCGCCGUGGCAGUACCAGUUCCGGGUGAUCAUGCUGGGGGACUCCACGGUGGGGAAAUCCUCCCUGCUCCGGCGCUACACCGAGGGCACCUUCCUGGACACCGUCAACCAGACGGUGGGGGUGGAUUUCUACGUCCAGUUCGUGGAGCUGGAGCCGGGGCUGAGGGUGAAGCUGCAGUUCUGGGACACGGCCGGGCAGGAGAGGUUCAGGUCCGUGACUCGCUCCUACUACCGCAACUCCGCCGGGGGGAUGCUGCUCUUCGACCUCACCAACCGCGCGUCCUUCGAGAGCGUGCGGCGCUGGCACCGUGAGGUGACCGACACGGUGCAGCCCUUCCGCGUCGUCUUCCUGCUGGUGGGGCACAAGAGCGACCUGGCGGGGCAGCGCCGCGUGGGCCGCAGGGAGGCCGAGAGGUUGGCGGCCUCGCUGGGCGCCCAGUACGUGGAGACCUCGGCCAAGGACGCCUCCAACGUGGCCCUGGCCUUCCAGAUGCUGACGGUGGCCAUCUACCAGGCGCUGCAGACGGGGAGGUUGGCGGCCACCGAGGCGUGGGACGGGGUGAAGAGCAGCGUCCCCCUGCCCGUGCCGCCCAAAGCCCGGCUGUCGGAGAAGGAGGAGAAGAGGAAGAGGUGCUCGUGCUAGAGCUUGGGGACACGAGGGCUGGGACGUGCUGGGACGUGCCCCCUG